AUGCGCUUCCAUGCCCUAAUCCGCACCCACCACAUCACCUCGCGGAAAAAAGUCGGCGUCCUCAAACGCGCCGCCGACACGCACCAAUGUCUGGUGCUUCUGCGCUCCGGCGGCUGUCCGGGCAUCAUGUACGUUGAGGGUCCGGCCCAGGCGCAGGUCGACGCGUGGGUCGGAGUGGUGCGCAAACUACGCUAUAAAGAUUUCCAGCUCGUGAUGCGGUCGGCGCAGCUCAUCCCCGAGGGGCCAGAUUCGGCUCCGGCUGCAACAUCAGAGGCUGAUCCCCUGGAUGGGAGUUUGCGUGAGAUUGACAGUGUGAAGGAGUUCGGCGAGUGGAUGGCGCGGCGGAGAGUCUGGCAUUGGUGGAGGAGAGGCAUGGGAUAUGCUUGA